AUGCGGCUCAGUAUCACCUUCCUUUUAUCCGCCGCUGCUUCGACUCUGGCGUACAGCGUAACUAGCCCUAAUGGGAGCCAAGGUUGGACCAACCAGGGUGCUCAACCCCUCGCCUGGCAGCGUGUGAACACGGACAGACUGAACUUCACUGCUGUCCUCACGAACCAGAACCGCCAAUUAUUGCCCACAGAUCAAGUGCUCGCCGCACUCGUUGAUGGAACGCUUGGUAAUACCACCGUGAAUCCACCCAGCGGUGGAUGGCCCACCCCUGGAGGCGGUUACCGUGUUAACCUCGUUCAAGACGCUAAUGACUUGAACACCAUCUUAGCGCAGUCCCCAGAAUUUAAUAUCACCCAGCCGACUUCAAAAAGCUCUUCCACUGCCACAGGGCAAUCCACUGCCACCACCCUCGUUAUUCCUGCAACAACUAGCGCUGACCCAACGGCGGGCACGGUUUCGACCCCUCAGAAUGCUGGAACGCCCGCAUUUGAAGGACAGCUUGCUCUCAUCCCGCUAUUCUCGAUCCUCGCUUUCUUCUUGGCUUGAUGAAGAGAAUAUGUUCUCGAGCUUCGUGGACUAUCUUAUGGACCUACCUCCUGGACCUUUUCGAUUACCUCAAUACGUAUACCACACUCAGUUUACGCGUUCCCCUGCGCUAUCGCCAAUUCGUGCGCCAUAUUUGUACGCCUGUUGUUUUGAAUAAUAUCGCGUCAAUCAAUGUCUCACUAUGUAUGCUC